AUGGCGGACGUGCAGCAGCUUCGGGUGCAGGAGGCGGUGGACACCAUGGUGAAGAGUCUGGAGAGAGAGAACAUCCGGAAGAUGCAGGGCCUCAUGUUCCGGUGCAGCGCGGGCUGCUGUGAGGACAGCCAGGCGUCCAUGCAGCAGGUGCACCAGUGCAUUGAGCGCUGCCACGCACCUCUGGCCCAAGCCCAGGCCCUGGUUACCAGCGAGCUGGAGAAGUUCCAGGAUCGCCUGGCCCGGUGCACCAUGCAUUGCAACGACAAAGCCAAAGACUCAAUAGAUGCGGGGAGUAAAGAGAGUCAGGUGAAGCGGCAGCUGGAGAGUUGUGUGACCAAGUGUGUGGAUGACCAUAUGAACCUCAUUCCGACCAUGACCAAGAAGAUGAAAGAGUCUCUCGCAUCCAUUCAGAAAUAG